AUGAAUCGUCAGAACCGAUAUAGUGGGCACAAUGGCAUCCGACCCUCCCACCCUCGUGUCCCUCCUUCAAGAUCUAUAAACCACGGCACACCCGUCAACAUCGUCCUUAAGGCUGACCAGCCCACAGGACGCACAGUUCCAGGCACGGUCGGCGAGUUACUUUCGCACGGUGACCACCCACGAGGCGUCAAGGUGCGUCUCACUGACGGACGUGUCGGAAGGGUACAAAGCUUACGAGGUGUUGAUGAGCUAUCGGAUUCGACACAUGAGGAAGUCAACAGAAUGGCAGAGGGUAUACCGAAAAGAACAGAAGGAUGUGAUAAUACAAUUGGAAGACGUAGUUACUUUGCUACAAGUGACAUGCGUCUUGGCCGCGGGGAAGAGCCCACAUCGGAGCCUAUUGGGCUAGAUAUGUACAUACGCCCUCCUAAGGGAAAGAAGCAGGUUAAAAAGACACAGCUGAAUUUGGAAGAGAGGGAUGGUGGUCUAUUAGACACAGCUAGCGCUCCUCGGACAGCAGCAGCAAGUAUUUUAUGUCCUGUUUGUGGUAUAUUCGAAGGAGAUGAAGCCGCUGUGUCGUAUCAUGUUACUAGACAUUUUGAAGAGGGAUGA